AUGGACAAGAAAAGCACCGGGAUGAGUUCCAGCUGGGUAAGACUGCGAUCAAAAGAGGAGGGAUACACUGUAAGACUCUAUCGUGAAAAACAGGGCUUAUUCGACGUAAAACUCGUCCAACCGUCAAAUAUUGUUGUCGUGUCUGUCUCUGUCCUCCUCCCACUCUGUCGACCUGUUCGCGAGAUCUAUCUCUUCUUCGUCUAUUUUGUUCGCCAGGUGACUCUAUCGCGAAAAGAUAACGCCACCCACAAGCCUUGUGGGGUUGCUGGGUCCCAAAGGCCGCACGGCCACGCGCGGGACGAUGAAACACGGUGGAAAGAUCGUAAUACGGCUAAGGGGGCAGGUGGAGAAGCAGAGUCAAAUCGUCGAUUAACAGAAGAGGCUAUGUUGCAGCUUGCUUGUGUGGAGGUUGGCGAGAAGUCGGUUGUCGCUGUCGCAAGCGGAGCGGAGUCGCGGGUGAGAUUGUGUGCGAAGAAGCGUGCAGAGCCUUCUUCAGCGGCCACCCCCUUUUGGGCUUUGGAAGAGCGACAACCUGGAGCAGAGCUUGUUGGAUUUCAUAUCCUCAAGCCUCAUAACCUUGGGCUCAAAAACGCCUCGACGCAAGAAAGAGAAAAGCAAGAUUGGGGGCGAAUGCCUGGCCAUCAAACAUGCUCCCUUCUGAGCUAUUAUAUAUGCGCGCGGCAAGAGACUCGAUCUUCAGAAGAAUAG